GUAAAAAUGUGUAUUUUUGUAGUCCGCGUGUUUUUGGGAAUUCUUCUUUGUGCACCACACCAGUGCUUGGGGUGUCCUUUUGGUUGUGAGUGUUUUGCCGUCACUCGCACAGUGAAAUGCAUUUCCAAGGAUCUGCGCACGGUGCCACAAAGUAUUCCAGGAUAUGCAAGGACUGCCAUCAUCACAGGGAAUAAUAUCCACCAGAUUGCACCUGAUUCAUUCACAGAGAUGGAGAAUGUCACUAACAUCAUUUUAAGCAAUAAUAGGAUUACAGAGAUGGCAUCCCACAGCUUCUUUGCCCUCAUCAACCUGCGCUUCCUGGACCUCAGCGGGAACCAACUGGCACUCAUCCACCCGGAGGCUCUCAGCAUACCCGGCAGUCCCCUUCAGGAGCUCAACCUCAGCCGCUCGCUGUACAACUUCACUGCCCUGACGGACCUCACCACGGCUCUGCGCUGGGGUGGCCUCAAGGGGCUCCUCCGCCUCGACCUCUCAGGGAACCACCUCGCCCUGCUUCCCCCGGGGAUGUUCUCCCACCUUCCCAAUCUGCAGCAGCUCUUCCUCACCAACAACUCUCUGGUAGCUGUCUACAGUGGGACCUUCUCUGGUAUGAACCAUUUGGAGCUGCUGGACCUGACGCACAAUGCCUUCAGGACAUUCAGGGACGAUGCUCUACAAGAGCUGGAGAAGCUUGGGCACAUCCGCAUCCUUCUCGGUAACAACCCCUACACUUGCUCUUGUGAAAUCCGUAAUUUUGUCACUUGGCUGAAUGAAUCAAGAGCUCAGCUAGAUGUGGAUGCUGUGAGUUGCACCUCACCAAGAGCUUUAAUGAACACCCGGGUGCGAGGUCUCAGUGUUCAGGCUAUUGGGUGCAUUGUUCCAGUCCAAGCAGAGGUGACUGACCUCACCCUGCAAACAUCCUAUGUUUUCCUAGGGCUGGUGCUGGGGUUUGUGGGGAUGGUCUUUCUCUUUGUGCUUUACUUGAAUCGCAAAGGCAUGAAGAAGUGGAUCAUUGACAUGAGAGAUGCCUGUAGAGACGUUCUGGAGGGAUAUCACUACCGAUUCGAGAUUGACUCAGACCCCCGGCUUGGGCAUAUCUCAGCAGACAACAGCAGGGCACAAGGGCAUUUAAGAUUAGCUCUUUCACAGCAGCUGCCAAACGAUACCUGUAUUGUCCAGGUCCCCACAGACACACAGGUCAAACAGGUGACAACCUCCCCAGCUGUGAACUUAUGA